CGCUCACAUCUCUAACUCCACGUUGCUUCAUAGCCACUCUUGCACGGCAAUCGAACUCAACGCGAGCACUUCAGCUUCCCUGUGAAGUCGUUUCAGGAGAAGCAUGGGUGAAGAAUACGAUCCGGACGGUUUUUCUCUAAGAAUCUCACCGGGAUUGUUCCAGGUCCUCUCUGGACGUGCAUCAGAACCUGGCCCAAUUGAGCCGCGCACACGUCGCGAAGCUGCAUUAAUUGAAGCUGUUCGAAGAGAGGGGAGAAGGGAGCGUGCCGCAAUGUUUCGCAAGGUGAAGGAGGCGCAAUUGAAGGACGCUCACGAACUCGAACAAGCCGAGCGGAUAGCGCUUGAGGAGAGCGGAAGGAAGCUUCAAGAAAAGCUAUCGGCCUUGAACUUCCAAGCGAAUUCAUCCUCCAAAACGGGUCAGCCGUGCGGCGAAUUACGGGAAGCGAUCACAGUUUGUUACAGGGUUAAUGGCAAGGAUAACCCCUUGGCCUGCCUUGCGGAUGUAGAAGCUUUCACAGAAUGUGCCAAGCAAUUAAGCAGGAUUAGUCAGUAAAGGAAUCUACGUGAUUGCGUUUAUAUGUACACGGUCC